AAUGGGCCAAUCAGAUUCAGUGAAUUUCUCUGUUAGCCAAUCAGCGAACACUGAAGCCCACGUGACGGUUUGCUGUUGCUUCCUGUUUUCUUGAUGCUAUGCUGACUUUAAAGAUAUCGAUCGAACGACGUGGGUGCUAUAUUUCGACCGAGCUAGCGAGGUGACGCCAUAACUCACAUACAUUGUCUAAACGUUGGGCCUCACCUGCCUACCCAGACUGCACGUCACUGCAAACAAUGCGUCUUCUGAAUAAUAACAUGAGACAACAGGGAAAAACAUAUUCAUUCUGAGCAGCAGGAGUAUACUUCCAGGAUGAAGCAGGAGGAGCAAUUGCCCCCUCACAUCAAAGAGGAAGGGGAGGAGCCACAGCUACCCUACAUCAAAGAGGAAGAGGAGGAGCAACUGCUCCCCUGCAUUAAUAGGAAAGAAAAUGAGCUACAAACCCCCAUCAUUAAAGAGGAAGAGGAGGAGCCGAUGCCCUCCAACAUCAAAGAGGAAGAGGCUCACAGCAUCAGUCAAGGAGAGCAUGUUAAAGAGUUGGAGGCGUUCCCAGAGAUCGUUGCCAUUGUGAAGAGUGAAGACGAUGAGGUCAAAGGUGAAAGUGAAGAGAAGAGAAAGGUGGAGCCUCCGAGCUGUAGCUCAACUCAACACAUACCAACAGAAGUUGAUGUAGAACACUGUGGAGGAUCACAAACAGACAACCUCUUGCCUCCGCUAUCGGAGAGCGAUGACACAACAUCAGACUCUUCUGACACUGAUGAUGAAGACUAUGACCUUGGUAUGACAUGUCACUCUGACAACAUGCACUUUAAAUGCUCUCAAUGUGACAAAACCUUUAAUAGCUGUAGUAGACAGAUGAUACACAUGAGAAUACACACUGGAGAGAAACCAUUCAUAUGCUCAGUUUGCGGUAAACAUUUUACUCAGAAAGGACAUUUGACAACACACACAAGAAUACACACUGGAGAGAAAUUGUUUACCUGUUCAGUGUGUGGAAAAGAUUUUGGACAAAAGGGUAAUUUGAAUGAACACAUGAGAAUACACACAGGACAAAAACCAUUCUUAUGCUCAGUUUGUGGUAAAAGUUUCACUCAGAGUAGAACUUUCACAAAACACAUGAGAAGACACACUGGAGAGAAACCUUUUUCAUGUACAAGCUGCAACAAAAGAUUCAGUGAGCAAACAAACCUUGUAUCACACAUGACAAUACACACUGGAGCAAAACUGUUCACCUGUUCAGUGUGUAGUAAAGGUUUUGUACAAAAAGUUAAUUUGAAAGAACACAUGAGAAUACACAUUGGCAAGAAACAAUUCAUAUGCUCAGUUUGUGGUAAAGGUUUUGUUCAGAAAAGAUAUUUGAUCAAACACAUGAGAACGCACACUGGUGAGAGACCGUUCAUAUGCUCAUUUUGUGGUAAAAGUUUCACUCAGAAAGGACAUUUGACAACACAUAUAAAAAUACACACUGGAGAGAAACGGUUUACUUGUUCAGUGUGUCGUAAAGUUUUUGGACAAAAAGGUAAUUUGAAAAAACACAUGAGAACACACACAGGCGAGAAGCCGUUCACAUGUCAAGUUUGUGGCAGAAGUUUCAAUCAGAAAAGAUAUUUGGCAAAACACAUGAGAAUACACACUGGUGAAAUACCUAUUUCAUGUUCAAGCCACAACAAAAGAUUUAAUGAAUGAAUAAACAUUGUAAGACACACACGAACACACUGGUCAGAAACAAUCAUCAACUCAGUUUGUAGUCAAAGAUUCACUUAGAAAGGAAAUUUGACCGCACCUUAGAACACACUGUAGAGAACGCAUUGAGUUGAAAAUACUUUAAAGACUCUUUAUUGUCAAUUACUCCAAUUGUGCAAGACAUAAGGAAGAAUUAAAGACAGUUUCUCUUUCGCAUAGAAUCUCCCAGUGUGGAACCGAAAAAAUAUAUGGCUUUUAACCAAUAUUUAACAAAAAUAACAAUAUUUAUAAGACAACUUGUGCUGAUAAGAUCACCCCAAAAGGGACAAGCGGUAGAAAAUGGAUGUUAUUGAUAGUAACUAGUUAGUAGUUACUGCAGUGUUAAUUACUGCUAACCGUAUGUUGGUGGAUUUGUGUCUUUACUAAAACAUGUUUUUUCUGACACUGGCACUUGUCUAACUAAAUAUUUUGCAAUUCAAGCUUGUAAAACUGAAUUUCUUUAUAUCAAAUGAUGCUGAUAUUUUCAUUAAAUAAAAAAUUGUGAGCCAAA